ACUCAAAUACAUUCAGCUACUUUAUGAGGCAUGUGGAUAUGAUGCUGUUGUAUGUCUGUAACUGUAUUGUAUGAUACUAUCAUAUAAUACCUCUGUACGUACUGGUAUAUAGUACCAUUGUAUGUAUACAAUAUUACGUUAUAACUAAUGCAUGUAUAUGAUAUAUAUAUAAGUAUUUAAAAAUAUUCUAUUUUUCUGUGGAAACUUUGUGUUGAUCUUAGGUACUCCAUGGUACCAUCUUUUUUUAUUACUUGUGUGUAAAACUUUAUAUAAUGCAUUGUACCAUCUCUUUAGUCCUGCUGCUGACCACAGUCACCAGCAAUGUCCUUACAUUGGAACCAGAUAUAAAUUACUCAAAACUGGACAAUAUGCUGGACGAUUUCCGCAUAGAACUCAAAAAUUUUAUGCAGAAUACCUUUAACAGACGUUGGCUGUCAGAGACACUACGCGGUUACAGCACCAGUGAGAAGGCAUAUGACAUCGUGCUCAGACUAAAUGCAACAUUGUUUUUGAAGCUGCUGAAGAAAGCUAAUCUUGACAGCAUACUGAAGAACCCUAAUUCCAAAUUUACAAUAUUUGCUCCAACUAAUGAAGGCUUAAUGAAACUACCUGACAAGAUAAAAAAAAAUUCCACACUUAUGAACUCUAUCCUAAGGUUCCAUUUAGUGUCUGAUUAUCGAACGACAUCUAGUUUCAUUAACAACGACUUCAUAAAGACAAUUGCCAAAUAUGGUGUUCCUCCAAAGCGACGCUCUCUAAAUAUCCGUACCAACAUCUACAGCAGAUUAGCUUCAAAAAUCAUCACUGCAUCAGGAUCAAAAAUUCUCAAUAAAGAUAACUCAAAUGGAUUGUCUGUGGUUCAUUUAAUCGAUGGUUUGAUGUUUCCUCUCCCUGUGGAAAAUGCUUAUGAUGAGAUAUUACGGCAACCAAAAUUCAGCAUUUUGCGGCGUCUUGUGUCGAAAUCUUAUCUACUUAUUCGAGUUCUGUCUGAAACUAACCAAAACUUUACCAUCUUUGCACCAACAAAUGAAGCUUUUAACAAUUUACCGGCUGGAACUUUGAAGAAGUUGGAAAACAAUGUUCCUUUAUUAACCCAGACACUUGUCAAGGCCUUUAUAUCUAACAUAUAUUACAAGGCCAGCUUUAUGGAUGGUAUGAAUUUAAUUGGAAUAGCCCAAAAUACCAUACAGCUAACAUUUCAUCGGCAUGAUUUUAUCAUAAGUGAUGGUGAAACUCGAGCAAAGAUCUCUGGCACUGAUUUUUCUGUCCUCAAUGGAGUUAUACACAGCAUCGACAAUAUCUUGUUGAAACGAGACAAUACAGAUGAAAUAAUUGGAUGAAAUAAUUUUGUCGUUAUAACUAUUGCUGCUGCUGCUACUACUACUACUACUACUACUACUACCACUACUACUACCAUCACCACCACCACUACUACUACUACUACUACUACUACUACUACUACUAACACCACCACCACUACUACUACUACUACUAUCAUUGUUAUUGUUAUUGUUGUUGUUAUUAUGGUUGUUGGUCUAACUUAUUUUCUCUGCAAGGUUCACUAUAAAUAAUUAAAGAAUUAUUGACAAUGCUCUAGCAUAGCAGUACAGUUAAGAAGUUUGCUUCCCAACAACUCGACUUUUGAUUUAGUUCCACAGUACUGCACUUUGGGCAAAUGACUUCUAUUACAGCCCCAGACCAAACAGAGCCUUGUGUGUUGAUUCUAUAAACAAAAACUGAAAAAAGCCCAUCAUCUAUAUAUAUAUAUAUAUGCUCCCCGUUACUUAGCGGUUCGGCAAAAGAGACCGAUAGAAUAAGUACUGGGCUUACAAAAAGAAUAAGUCCCAGGGUCGAG